AUGAGCAAGAAUUAUUGGUAUUUUAUCGCAGCACAUAACAACGCAGUUCCGUCACCUCCUCCACAAGAGGUAGUGAAACCGUCGGUACACACGGAACGUCUCGCAAAGGUGAAAAGCUUUCAUGGAAGCGGAGAUGAAAAGCUUGCGUUCUGGCAGCGAAAAAAAAACAUCGCUAUCAUGAUGGCUCAACUUCGUGAUGACCAUAGUCUAAUGGUCGUCGCCAUGUCGCAUUUGAAUACCCGUGCGAAGGAAUGGGCGAUGGCAUGGGAAGUCAACCGCCCUGGCUACUUUGCCACAUGGGCAAGAGUUGAAGAAGGCAAUGAAAUCGAUAUUCCUUCCACCGAAUAUGGCAUCACGACAACGGUCAAAGUUUUUGUCAUGCCGUCAAGACGGCGGCACAUUGUACGACUAUUUUCAGAAGCUCCGUUAACUGCGUGUGAGUAUGGCUAG